CUCUGUCAAAUGAUUUGAGUGCGUUUUACAGUGAGAUGCGAGUGGUCGUUUGUGAAUUUGCCGGUACGAUGUUGCAUUCCAGAAAGGAUUUAAGCAAUGGAUAAUUGAGCAGAAGAGACGCGAAAAAAGUUCGGCUUCGCUAUCGAGGAAGAAGAUCGGAAUUUGACAACAGCAAUGGUGAUAACGGGGACAAUGAACCCACCGAUGUUUCCAAGCGUUCCUUCGAAACUGCGAAGAUCGAGACGAUUGUCAUCGACCCGAGGGCUCGUGAAAUCGUCCGGGCUUGAAAAUUAUCCGAGCAAAUCGUCAUCUCGGUACAACGAGGACAAAGAGAGAAGCGACGGGAGUCGCUCGCGCAACGAGAAAAUAGGGGAAACGACUAUAAAUUGGGAGCUGAAUGAGAGAAUAAGUCUGAGCAGUGGUUCGAGUACCGGGAUCGAAAUUAGGCCAGACGCGAAGCGGGGAAUCGGUUUCAGCGAUCGAGAAAAAGCUGAUAAAUCAUCGGAAACUUGGAAGAUUUCGCCGAAGCUCGCUCGAGCGAAUCCGAGCCAUUUAAAAUCGAGGGAAAAGUUGGAAAACAGUUCGAAACGAGUUUUGGAAUUGAUGAACGUUUCGGGAUUCAACGCUGGCGAGAAACAAUCGAAAAUUGCAACAACGAGAAGCCUCAACGUCGACGUAUUCUGCGAACGCUCCAAGGACAAAGGGAACGUAAUAAAAAGCGAUUCGAAAUACGAGAUCGGGGUGCCGGGGGAAUGCACCAUGCUGAGAAAAAAAAAGUCUCGCCCUCCGAGUCAAAUAACGAGCAAGACGUCAAAGACGCGUUUGACCAACGAUCGCAACGACCUGACCGGCACGAGUGCCAGAAGACGAUGGGACGUGUCCAAAGACAAGUCCGACAAGAGCAACGAUUCGAUUACGAAGAGACUGGAACUCAUCCACGAACUGAACCAGAAGAUUCUCGCAAACUACGAGAGAUUUCAGCACAAAUCUAAGCGACCUUGUGGAAAAAUCUCGACGAGCGAGUCCAAGGGGAGUCCGAAGUGCAGUCUGAGAAAAAAAGACGGCGGAAAAGCGCGAUCGGUGCUGUCCGAUUUGAAGGGAGCUUGCGACAACAAGGAGCACAUUUAUUCGGAGAUAAGAUCGAAGAAAAAAAGCAAAUCGUCCAAAUCGACGCACCGGGAUGUCCACCAGUCCGAGCGAGUGGUCCAAGGGACGUGUAAAACCGCAGAAAAAUCAGGCAAGACGGAUGCCACAAAGGAUUUUCACUUGGGCGAUCGAGUCAUCCGCUCGACUCAAGAGAGGCUGGAAAGCUUUCAGAAUAAGUCCAAGUCCAGUGUAUCCCGGGCACUGAGAAACUUGGGCGGAGGUUCAGCAUCGUCAAAGCCAGCGAAGAAGCCUCCGGGCAGCAACUCCAACUCCAACUUUAGUCUCGCGGUUAAGCCAGAAUUUCACGAUGAAGCGAAAAUUCCCGCGGGAGUACAAGGCGAAACGCCAAUUAAGGCGCUUUGCUCCAAGUUCGAAGAGACUGGUAGCUCCGCCGUGGAAAUGAGUCGAGAGAUAUUUUCCACGCGUCGAAAUAAUCGAAGCAAAAAUGACGAUUCCCAGAGGUCGCGAGUCCUCGCGGACUCGAGAAAGCCGAGAGGCGAAGCGACUCUCUGCUUGGAAAAUUCCAAGUUGUAUCCAGAGUCCAGGUACUUCGAUGCUGCUCCGACGACAACUGUGCACGUUGAAGAAAUGAGGGAGAUAGAAAGUCCAUCGAAUAAGGAUGAUACGACGUGCGCCGAGGGUAGCUCGGUGUCUGAGAAGCCUGAAGAACCGAAGCCCCAGAAAGUAACGAGUUUCCGAAGUGAAAAUAUUGUUAAUCGGAUCGAAUUUAUGGAGUCCCGAAGACAAGAAAUCCUCGAGAAAGAGAUCCUCGACAAUCUGAACGAGACCAUCGGUAGAUUCGACAAUGAGACGGAGCUGGAUGAGCUCGAUCCCGGUGACGACGGUACCGAGAGCUUCAGUACGGAUUCGAUUCAAAGCACGAGCCCAUCCAAGACGAAGAAUGGUACGACCGUUAAUGCCGAGAACACGUGUCACCAGGAAACAUUUAAUUCCUCGUGGGACUCCGGAGUCGGGAUCGAUGUUGGAACUGGAAACGGCUGGGUCAGAAUACACACGGGAAUUGAGAGCAGCCUUGUCUAUCUCACGCUCGAUACCACUGCAAAGGACGUCUGCAGAGACAUGCUCCUCGGAGAGGAAUUGUCUAUUUUCAUUCAGUAUGGCGGCGAGCCAAGUCGAAGAUUAGCACCGCACGAACGACCGCUCGAAUGCCAAGACGAAUUCCUCAAGCAAUUAGGCUACGAAGAGAUCUCCAGGAGGACGCGUCUCGGUGUCGACCCCGAGCUCCGUCAUCUCAUCGCAUUUCACGUUGGUCCAACGGCACCCCAAGCAGAUCUGACAGGAUACAGUCGUUGCGGUAACGCCCUCGUGCUGAAAGGCCUCGUUUUUCCACAAUGGAAGCGACGCUCGUUGGCUGUCAUUGGAUCGAGACUUUUUCUCUACCCCAGUUGUCCAGACUCACGACCAGAGUGGAUGGAGCUGGGUGGAGUAGGUGGCGCUGUUUGCUACGCGCCAUCGCGUCUCGGUAAGCUGGUACUCCGUGUAACGGGCUUUCCUCGAGUGAGCAACGCUCAACGGCCACAUCAGGAGGAUCGAGAAUUCGAGGACGAGCGGCACCACCAGGAGACGAGACAUCUUUAUCUGGGCUUUCAACAUCCUUGGGAUCGUGAUUUGUGGCGCGGAUGGCUCAAGAAGGCCACUCAAACGUCCGAGUCACCGAAACAACUGGACCUCAACAAAAGUGGAUUGAUGAGAAUUCCUGACAGCAUUUUGGCCUUCUCAGCAAUCGAAGAAAUAUUGCUGAGCGGCAACCAACUCGGCAAUGAUGACGCCAAUUUAGACAUCUUGGAAAGGUUUCCGCACCUCCGGAAAGUGCGAAUAGGAUGCAACGCUUUGAAAUCUGUUCCGAGAGAGAUUUUCAAAGUUGGAUUACUGACCACACUGGACUUAUCGGACAACAGAAUCGCAGAAGUGCCUGCCGACAUCGAUCGACUAGUCAACCUCAGAGAGUUGAUUUUGGACCGGAAUGUCAUCGAGAGAGUUUCGGAAGGAGUGGGGCGCUUGCAAAAUCUGAAAGUUUUGUCGCUGGCCGAUAAUCUGAUAACAGCACUUCCCUGCUUUCUCAACAUGCGAGCUCUCGCUCUUACGGAUGUUCUCUCGAAGGCGGAGCAUGGAAAAAACUGUAAAGAGGACAAAAACACUCAGAACAACUUGCACAAAGUUAAUUUGAGGAAUAAUCAGUUAAAGGGAAGCAUAAUCCUUGGCAAUUACGGUAAUCUCACUCAUCUUGACGUGAGCGAAAACAGUAUUGAGAAAUUGGACGUCAGUGCACUGCAGGGAUUGCAGAGUGCGCGUUGUGCUCGAAACGCGCUAACGGAAUUGACUUUGUGCGGCCGAAAUCUCGUCUCCCUUAUAGCCGGCAAUAACAAACUGAAGAAACUGAUCAUCGAACCGGCCCCGAUGAAUCUCGAGCAUCUCGAUGUUUCUUACAAUUCGUUGGAAGCUCUGCCAGAAUGGAUACCGGAUCUGCCAGUGCUGCGAGCCCUUUUUGCCUCUCACAAUGCCCUUACCGCACUUCCGGACCGACUGCUGUCCCAACCGUCGAGACUGGAGGUUCUUCACCUUCCCCACAACAGAUUACAGGCACUGCCACCCCCACGAAACCCACUCAACAUCGUUCAUCUCACUCUCCAGGGCAACGCGCUCACUGCGUUACCGACCAGCUUUUUCGCGAACACGGAACGCAUGAAAGUUUUGAACCUCUCCAACAAUCGGUUAUCGGAGCUUCCCUACAGUGACGAAGGCUGCAAAAGUCGUUCGAGUCGUCAUACCCUCGAAAAACUUUAUCUCACCGGAAAUUGUUUGACCGACGCAGCUCUCGAUGCUCUCGCAAAGCUCCCGGCUCUCAGGGUACUGCAUCUCGCGUACAACGUUUUGGACACUCUCCCAGAGAGUUGUAUCGCUGCAUGGUCGGAUCUCGAGGAAUUAGUCAUGUCUGGGAAUCGACUCCAAUAUCUUCCAGACAACGUCGCCAAUUUGCAGCAUUUGCGUGUCCUCAGAGUUCAUUCAAAUCGGCUCUUGACUUGUCCCACUUUCAACAAAUCUAAGUCAUUAAUGGUUUUAGAUCUAGCACACAAUCAACUGGACCGAAUAAACUUGGCAAGUCUAGUGCCUCCUCAGUUACAAUUUCUCGAUAUUUCCUGCAACACCAGACUCCACGUUGACCCAAGACAAUUUCAAGUCUACCGUUCCCAGCGGCCGGUUUCGCUGGUCGACGUUUCCGGCCAGAACAGAGCGAGUCUGCCUUCACAUCCGCAUCAGCAAGAAAUCGUGAGAUCGGAGAAGGGACUGGAUCAGCCCUGGAGAUUGGGUUUUUCUGAAACUGCUGGCAGCAGAGAAACCCUGUACGUGUCUCAGUUGCGGAUGCCAACGUUUUGCAACGUCGAGGGUGUUUUCGGGAUAUUCGACGGUGGAACGAACCAGGAAGCGCCGAGUGCCUUGCAGGAAAUGAUACCGCGAUUGUUAUUGGAGGAGCGUACGAUAAGAGAAACGUCGAAGGAUUAUCUCAAGUACACUUUGUUGUCGGCUCAUCGGGAGCUCAAGGAGAACGGUCAGAAGUACGGAACCGAUGCGACGCUCGUGCACAUCACGAGGAUCCCAUCGGUCCAGGGUUAUCCAAGGACAUCAAGAAAGUACAGCUUAAAGGUGGCUGCGUCGGGGGAAGCGAAGGCAGUUUUGUGUCGAGCAGCGGGACCGCUGGUCCUCGCGCCAACGAGGAAGAACGUUUUGGUGAAAAAUCAACUCGGCAACGCUGCCAUGUUUCCCCUCGUUGUUCCGGACCCAACCGUCGAGGAGGUUAACCUCGAGGACGACGACGAAUUCGUCAUCAUCGCAAAUCGACGGUUGUGGGAAGUUCUCAGCGUCCAGGAAGCCGUCAGAGAAGCCAGAGCCGAGGCCAGCCCGGUUUUGGCCGCCAAACGACUCCAGGACUUGGCUCAAGCCUACGGAGCCGAGGACAACAUCAGCGUCAUCGUCCUCAGGUUGACCGGGCCCGGCACCGGCGACCUCGAUCAAUUGAUGCGCGAAUUGCGUCACGCCGUCACCAAGAGUCGCGGCCAGGGUGAAGGCAGCUGCUCCUGCCCAUGCUGCUUACCACCCAACCCCCAUAAACCUCCUGCUCCGUGCUGCUGCCACGUUAACGACGGUUAUUACCUCAACGGGGUCCUCAAAAACAUCGUUAAUAGAGGAGGCAACAGUCGCAACGGUUCGGGUCGUUUUUUCAAAAAUGGUCAAAACACGGAGAACGCGAGUUUGCCUUACAACGACGAUCGGAGUUCGCCGAGCGGCCAAUCGGACCAGACGAGCGACAGCACCUUCAAAAUUCGUCAUCCCUCGGGUCGGGGAUGGUCGGGUAGCGCAGCUUCGAGAGCAGCGACGAAGAACCGUCAGGGAGUCAUGAUCCAGGAAAACGGUGCGAGAAAAUUUGUCAACGGGCUUACGGCACCCGAGGACGCGAUUUCCGAGCGCUCCGGCGGACCUCUCAGCGAGGAACAGUUCCGCUGCUGGGAGUACAUGCUCGAACAGAACACUCAACUGCUGUUCGACAAGGAGCUCGACACCCUGGCGCGCGUACCGCUUCGACGAGGACAGUCGAGAUCGACCCCGCAACUGGCCGGGAACUUGCCCUUUUUAUCAAAGAGAUUUGGCAGCGCGAGAUCCUUCAAUCCAGUCCUCCCCAGAGCUCCGAUGAUGCGCUUCGGCAGCGGCCGGAGAUUCCUUAACGGCGGACCCAACGCCGCCUACUUCGGAAGCUUGCAGAGACUCAUGCCCUACAAUCUCGAAUACGACUUUGCUGUCAUCCAGGAAAGAGCUGGUCUCGAUUCGCUCGAACAAGACGCCUCGAGGAUGCAACAAUAUUGGGGUGUCGCGACCACAGAACUGUGAACGGAAGCUCUUCUUCGAGUGCAAAUUCGUUUUUGUUUUUUUCGAAUUCCCGAUCCGUCGGAAAAAACGACGCCGGAGUUCGUCGCUUUCGUUUUUACGUGCGAAAGAGCUUCCGCGGAUACGAGUGUUUCGAGCAACGAAAAGCUCGUUGUACAUACGUUCUUAAAGCUACCAAAAAAUCUCCCAUGCACCAAAACACACGCUCAAGUCGAAUAGAAUUAAUUUUUUGUGGUUCAAAUACCGUAGGAUUCUCGAGAGAAUAUUUUUUAUAGAUAUUUCGAUUGUAAAAUCCGAAAUUUUUAUCUUUUCAAUUUUUUUUCAAUGACAGAUCGUCCCUAAAACAAUUAUUUUUAUAAGAAGAGUAUUUGAAUUGUGAAUUAUUUACAAGGUGUUUUUCAUAACAUUAUCUUGAAAGCAUUUUGAUGGCACACGACCCACCUUACAAAAUUAGAACGUCGCUAUCAAAUCGAAAAUGACGUGAGAUAAAAAGUGUUGAAAAUGUCAUAAUAUUUAUAAAUUUAAGUGCGUUGAGACUGGCAAAACGUGACGAAUAUUGCCGCAAAUCUUCGUUCGAACUGUACCUGACAAAUUUGGGAGCGAGAGCAACCAAAGUUUUUGACAAUUAUUUGUACAAACACUGAAAAAAUGAAUGAAAUAUAUAUUCGUGUAAAAAUCGUCGAAAUAACUGCGUAACGAUCGUUUUCGCAACGCCAAUCGCAUUUGUUUUGAUUGUGUUUAAUAAA